UGAAGCAGUUUCAGUACCUUGGUAAUCUGCGGUACGAGUUCUGUGUUGCAUGCCCCUACUGUCUACAGGGGAGUCAGCAGUGUGUAAACCACAGCCAAACCUUGUGCUCACACGAAGAUUGUUUGCAUUUCCUUGAAAUAAAACAAGGAGAACGCUUGAUCUGCAUGAAAAGCGUCAUUGACAAAGUACUCACAGUUCGUGGUCUGGAAAAGUGGUAUUCACAAAGAACAAGCCAGGAUUUAUGUCUUUCCUCUGUAGCCGGCACAUCUCAGGGCGAGCCAGUACAAGAUAAUCCAGGGAAGUCCGAGAGGGUUUUUAAAGUAACUCUCUUAGGCAGUGAAUGGAGGUCUAAAAAGGGAGGCUUGUCAACCGUAAACAGAAAACUUGCCUUCCUGCUGGCAGAACACAUGGAAGUAGAAGUCACUCUAUUAGUCCCACCGUCAGCCUGCUCUGAAGAAGAAAGGGAUCCAGAAGACUUCAGUCUCAAAGGAUAUGACAUUGCUGCUAAAGCAAUAGUUGAACUGAAAGACAGCUCGUACCGUCUGAUAUUUGUGGGGGCACCAGAAGGAAAAGAGGAGGACGUCGCAGAGAACUUGAUACAAUGUGGAAUCUCAAAAAAUCAACUGGUCGUUAGGAAAUUUGUGCAGAAUAAGGAAAGAUUGAAGGAGUUGUUUUGCGAGGCGGACCUUGCCAUCAUGCCCUCCAGGACGGAGGGUUUUGGACUGACUGCGCUGGAAGCCUUGUCUGCUGGUCUUCCCAUUCUUGUGAGUGGAAACUCGGGUUUUGGAGAUGCACUGCGUUCGUUACCAUUAGGCAAGCCAUUUGUGGUGGAGUCAGCUGAGCCUAAAGAGUGGGCCAAAGCAAUCAAAGCCGUCCGUCUGAAAGACCGAGGAGAGCGGCUGCAAGAGAUUCAAAGACUGCGAACAAGUUACGAAGAUACUUUCAGCUGGGAGAAGCAGUGUGAAGCUCUUGUUCAAAAAAUGUGGCGAUUGAUUGAUGGUUAACAAGGCUAGACCGCUUCACUGUGGCGAUACAUGACUCAAGAAACUCCUGAGGAAACAAUGAACUGUUGCAACUUUUUAAAACUGAAGGAAAGAAUGCGUUUGCCGGAAGAACUUUAUGUUAUCUUAACAUGCACAUUGUGUAGCACAGGUAUUAUACAACUGGGAAAUAAGUUUAAAAGCGUAACUUCUAACAUCAAUGUCAGUUGAAGCCCGCCUCAAGAGCACUCAGUCAGCGCGAUCAACUCAUUAUUACGGGCACUUCUUUUGACCAGAAGAAAACGCCUAGUCAGUCAUUUUCUUGUUAUUUUUUUUAAAGAAUGCCUUGAAUACGACCACACUAUUAUGAUUUAGUUGUAGUGAUAGUAACGGGAUUCCACUGUAUAACCUCUUAGAAUGCUGAGACGUUAUCAUUCAGAAGUAGCUUAAAGUUUUACGUUUUUUCUACACGAAGUCUUUGCAAAACAUUCCAAAAGACGGGUGCUUUGAUGAUAUAUUUUUCACGCAAAGUAUUAACACUUUUUAGUUUAAGAAUUUAUUGUAUAGUGUAGCUGUCGCUAAGAAUUUAAGUUUACACUCUGUGUUUCGGAAAAGGUCAAACAUUUUCAUAAAAGACCUACAUGUGAUAAUGUAAAAGGCAAUUAUAUUA